CCACAGCCACGACUGCGUGUUGGAACCAACAAGUCUUUUUCUUUCUUUCUUUCUUUCUUUCUUUCUUUCUUUCUUUCUGUCUACAGAGUUGGUUGGCAAAGUUCAUUAGAAGCAAGGCAGCGUCAUCCGAUAUCGUACGACUAUAAGGGCAGGAACCUGUUCGGUGGUCGUCUAGCACACGUCUUCAUUUUCCAAAGCAACCCCGCUAAUUGACGGAGCCUCGACGAUGUCAGCACAAGAAUAUUUUGGCGGUGGAGGAGGAGGGGCAUAUGGCCAGAGCAACGAGGAAAAGCUGCAAUACAAUCGACAAAGUAGCAAUCAAUCUCCAUGGUCGCCGCCUCCAUCAAUUAACACUCCCAGCUCGAGUGCUUAUGAAGGCUCCUAUCCACCGUCAGAGCAUCAUUACGACAGUAACAAUUACCAACAGCAGCCGUCUACUCAAAGUCCUUACAACAGUCCACGGCCGGCCUGGGGGCCACCAAAUGUGAAUCGCCCAUAUGAGACUCAGCCCUAUCCCAAUUACCAGAACCCUGCUCAGUCCUCAUACCCCCCAUAUCAGGAACCGCGUCCAAACACCCAGCCGGGUUCGUACGGACCCCCGCAGCCUCAUUCUCCUUAUUACCAGCCUGAAGAAGGAUAUGCGCAACAGCCCCCACACCAGCAAUCUCAGCCGCCUCCAUAUAAUUCAGAAUUCCCUCCAUCUGACCCUGCGGCAGCGGCGCCAGAGCAAAAGGGUGUCCUCGGUGCUUUGGCGGGGGGUGCUACGGGUGCAUACGCCGGUCACCAGGUCCAUCAUGGCUUUCUUGGAGCUAUAGGUGGCGCUCUAACCGGAUCUGUCGCCGAGGAUGCGAUAAAGAAACACAAGAAAAAGAAAGAAAAGAAGGAGAAGAAAUGGAAAAAUGGACGGAGAGAUUCCUCAUCUUCUUCCUCAUCGUCAUCGUCUGAUGAUGAUCAUCACCACCAUCACCAUCACCAUCAUCACGAAACUCCACCUGUACCCAUAAGGCAGACUCAUGACCAGAACCUCCGUGGUAACUUCUCCGUCUCAUCGAAUGAGGUUCGGCUUGAAGGGAACUAUGAGCUGGUAGCAUAUUGCCGCACAGUUUCAGGUCAUCCAAACCGGUCAUCUAUUUCUCUAAAUAACGUGUUGACCAACACUUUUGGGAGAUUUAACUGGGCUCGGGGAGGUAACUUCGGCGCAUCGGCGAGACACGUAAGGUUGGUCGAUGGAGGAAGAGUGCUCGAGGCAGAGUUGGGGAAUGGACAUGGAGGUUGGGACAAGUCAUGGAUAAGGCUGGACGAGAGGAUUUCAAAUGAAAAUGGCAAUUUGGUAUUUCUGGACUAGAAUUUGAACCUAUGGAUAGUAUUUCUGCUCCUGCGUCUUGUGACACGUUAACCGAGGC